AUGGCGGCCUCCCAGCUGGCUGCGCUGGACGACUUGGACUCCGGGCCUGGGGAGCUGCCUUUGACAGAGGCCAGCCCUGGCUAUCUGUACACGGAGGGCCAGCGGCUGGCCCUGGAGACCCUGCUGAGCGAGGGCGCGGAAGCGUUCGAGAACUGCGUGCUCCAAGAGAGGCUGCGGCCCUUCCUGAGCGCCGACGAGGUCCGGGUCCUGGCAGCGUCGGCUGAGGACUGGACAACAGCCGUGCCCGAGCCUAGCGGGGCCGCUGAGGGAGCCGCUCUUACCAAUGGGCUGGCCAGUGACAGCCUGACCUACUGGCCUGGCCAGUCAGAGGAGCCAGCACCCGUGCUGCGACUGGGCUGGCCAGAGGACCCAGCCUGGAAGGGCAUCACCCGGGCCCAGCUGUACACCCAGCCACCUGCUGAGGGCCACCCAUCGCUCAAGGAGGUGGUGCGCCGGGAACUCCAGGCUGCCAGUAAGCUGGUGGCCGUCGUCAUGGAUGUAUUCACCGACCCAGACCUGCUUUGGGACCUGGUGGACGCCGCCACACGCCGCUGGGUCCCUGUCUACCUGCUACUGGACGGCCAGCAGCUGCCCGCCUUCCUGGCUCUGGCCCGGCAGCUGAGAGUGAACCCCUGGGCCACAGAGAACCUGGACGUCCGCGUCGGGCAGGGCUGCAGUUUCCAGAGCCGCAGGAGGCGGCAGGUGAGCGGCCACAUGCGAGAGAAGUUUGUGCUCCUGGACAGUGUCAGGGUCAUCACAGGCUCCUACAGCCCCGCCUCCACGUGCCGGUUUGCCCUGAGCAUCCCGUUUCCCGAGGGCCUCCGCUUCCUCAUCUGGAAAGAAGGGACCAAGUCUGGCACCAUGGGGGUCCAGAGCCUGCAGGCCAUUUAA